AUGUCAUACACAGUCUUAACCUUGAUUUUACUACUGAGCUCAAAUUUAUCAGAAAGUUCAAGUAAUUUAAGAAAGCACUGUAACUACGAGCAUAAAUUAUUUAGUAAAAACCAAAAUAAUACGCUCCAAACGGCAUUUAUCUCGAGCACUCCCAAAGCCACACACGAGCUAUGGGCAAAACAAGGCCAAAGACAGGUUUUGAACAAGAAGGACCUAGUGAACCAGGUGGCGGAGAAGCUGAACAAGACCCAGAAGGAAGUGAACACCGUGGUGGACGAAUUCCUGUUAUCGUUAAAAAAACACCUCUCUAGAAACUCGCAGGUCAACCUGGCCAAGUUCGGAGUCUUCAAAAACUCGCUGCGCGGGGAAAGGAGGAUGAGGAAUCUGCAAACUGGGCAGAUAUUCACGGCGAAGCCCGUGUACGUGCCGAACCUGAGGUUCUACGACACCUUUAAGCAGGACGUGAAUCGGGAGCUGAGUAAGCGAGACCACCCCUCACACAACUACUAA